CACAUAUCCGCACAUCGAUAUGCUGACAGAGAAAGAACCGUUCAUUCGUUUUCGUGCUGUUCACAAUUUGCAUUAAAUCGCUUUUUCAUUUCUUUUUCUGUUUUAUGUUUAUACUUUGGGUCAACGUCAAAAGCAACAAAAUGCUUUGAAUAUUAAUCAGAAAAACUACGCCUGAAAUUCAAAAAAAUCACUUUAAAUUCUACGCGGUGAAGGCAGCAAAUAGGGAGUACAGCGGCGCCGUACAGCGAACACAGAGAACACAGACAUCGACGAGAGAUAGAGUUCGACGACAGAAAUCAGAAACCAGCCGCCAGCAGAGACUAGGAGUCGAGUUUUUGGCAGUGUCCUAGGAAAAUUCUAAUAAAGAAACAAAUACGGAAAUGGAUGAAAAUUCGCAUGCACUGAGUGUGCUUGGUGGCUUGGCCAUCGGCAUUGUCGGCUUUCAGUUCUUCCGCACGGUCUUGCCCUGGAUAUACGCCAACGUGGUGGGGCCGAAGGUCUUCGGAUCCACUGUAAAACUAGCCGAAAUGGGCGAAUGGGCAGUUGUUACCGGGUCAACCGAUGGAAUUGGCAAAGCCUAUGCCAAGGAGCUGGCUCGGAAAGGUCUGAAGCUGGUACUGAUUAGUCGAUCGUUGAAUAAACUGAACGACGUUUCCAAGGAAAUAGGCGAUGAAUUUGGCGUGGAGGUGCGCGUCAUCGAUGUCGAUUUCACAGGCGGCACUGAGAUCUAUGAGAAGAUACGCGAGAAAACCACUGGCCUAGACGUCGGUGUGCUGGUGAACAACGUAGGAAUCAGCUACAGCCAUCCCGAAUACUUUCUGGACUGCUACAAUGCGGAUCCGGCGUUUUUGAACAACAUUGUGGCAGCCAAUGUACACUCGGUUACCCACAUGAUCGCUUUGUUCUUACCGGUCAUGAUAGCCAAGCGCAAGGGAGUUAUCAUCAAUUUGUCGUCCACUGCCGGCGUCAUUCCCAAUCCCCUGCUGAGCGUGUACAGUGCUACCAAAGCUUUUGUCAACAAGUUUAGCGACGACCUUCAGACGGAGUACAAGGAUCACGGCAUUCUCAUCCAGAGCGUGCAGCCGGGCUUUGUGGCCACCAACAUGUCCAAAAUCCGCAAGGCCAGCGUGUUUGCGCCGUCCCCCGAAACUUAUGUGAAGUCUGCCCUCUCUACACUCGGUAUUGCCAGCCAGACCGCUGGAUAUCUGCCCCAUGCCCUGCUCCAGCUGGUUAUCCACUUUACAGAGGCUGUGUUCGGUGAUCAGUUCGCCCGCAGUUUGGUUCUCAAGAACAUUUUGGGCACUCGUAAGCGUGCACUUCGUCGCCUCGCCAAGGACCAGUAG